AUGGAAAGUAUCGAGGAUAUGAUGAGGAUGGACAAGGAGAAGCUCGUGGAGCCGGUCAAGUCCGUCCAGGAGAAAUGGAGACUACUACCUGCGUUCCUGAAGGUGAAGGGACUUGUAAAACAGCACAUAGAUUCCUUCAAUUUCUUCAUCAAUAAUGACAUUAAAAGUAUUAUGAAGGCCAAUGAGAAAAUCUCAAGUGAUGCUGAUCCCAACUUUUACAUGAAAUACCUCAACAUCUAUGUAGGGAUGCCAGAUGUAGAAGAGGGGUUCAACAUUACAAAGCCCAUAUCACCUCAUGAGUGUCGCCUCAGAGAUAUGACAUACUCUGCUCCUCUCACUGUGGACAUUGAGUACACACGCGGUAACCAGAGAAUUGUCAGGAAAAAUCUACCCAUCGGAAGGAUGCCGAUGAUGCUGCGUAGCUCCAACUGUGUCCUAACAGGAAAGAGUCCUGCAGAGAUGGCAAAGCUCAACGAGUGUCCAAUGGAUCCUGGCGGUUACUUUAUUGUCAAGGGUAAUGAGAAAGUCAUCCUCAUUCAGGAACAACUUUCAAAAAACAGAAUGAUCGUCGAUACUAGUGCUGGUCGCAAAGGCACGAUAGAGUGUUCUGUCACCAGCUCGACUCACGAAAGGAAAAGUAAGACGUAUGUGACCACAAAGAAAGAGAAGUUCUAUCUUCGCCACAACACAUUUGCUGAGGAUAUACCAGUGGCGAUCGCGUUUAAGGCGAUGGGUAUUGAGUGUGACCAGGAGAUAGUCCAGAUGAUUGGAAGUGAGGAGGAAGUACUAACGGCCAUAGCCCCCUGUCUGGAGGAGUGUCACCGAGCACAGGUGUUCACACAGACCCAGGCACUAAAAUACAUAGGGAUGCGUGUGAGACAGCGACGGAUGUGGGGUCCUCCAAAAAAGAGUAAAGUGGACGACGCUAGAGAUGUCCUACACAGUGUGGUACUGGCCCAUGUCCCGGUUGUAAAGUGGAACUUCAAGGUCAAAUCGGCUUACAUGGCAUUGAUGGUGCGCCGCGUUAUCCUCGCCAAAGGUAACAAGGUCAAGGCUGACGACAGAGAUUACUAUGGCAACAAGCGUCUGGAGCUGGCUGGACAGCUGCUCUCUCUGCUGUUUGAAGAUUUGUUCAAAAAAUUUAAUUCUGAGUUAAAGCGGAUAGCUGACAUGACAAUCCCUAAACCACGAGCUGCUCAGUUUGAUAUUGUCAAACACAUGAGACAGGAUCAGAUUACAAAUGGACUCGUCAACGCAAUAUCUACAGGUAACUGGUCAAUCAAGAGGUUUAAGAUGGAUCGAGGUGGUGUUACUCAGGUACUGUCCAGAUUAUCCUUCAUCUCGGCACUGGGAAUGAUGACACGAAUCUCCAGUCAGUUUGAGAAAACUCGAAAGGUGAGCGGUCCACGGUCUCUCCAGCCUUCACAGUGGGGGAUGUUGUGUCCCUCCGAUACUCCAGAAGGGGAGUCAUGUGGUCUAGUGAAAAACCUGGCCCUGAUGACUCACAUUACAACCGAUCACGAGGAGAAACCAAUCAUCCGUCUCGCCUUCAACCUUGGUGUAGAGGAUAUACAACUACUUAGUGGGGAGGAAAUGACCAGUCCAAAGGUCUUCCUUGUAUUCCUUAAUGGUAACAUUCUUGGAGUGAUCCGUGACCACAAGAAGUUGGUGCGAACAUUCAGGCUGAUGAGGAGGGCUGGUUUUAUAGAUGAGUUUGUGUCUGUGUGUACCAACCAAUCUCAUCGCUGUGUCUACAUAUCUACUGAUGGAGGCAGACUUUGUCGACCAUACAUCAUUGUCAAAGAAGGCCGGCCCCUGGUCAAACAGAAACACAUAGAGGAGCUCACCCAGGGAUUCAGAAGUUUUGACGACUUCCUGAAGGAAGGUUUGGUGGAGUACCUGGAUGUUAACGAGGAGAAUGAUUGUAUGAUAUCUCUGUAUGAGGCUGAUAUCAACAGGGAGACCACUCAUCUGGAGAUAGAACCAUUCACCAUAUUAGGAGUGUGUGCCGGUCUGAUUCCCUACCCCCACCACAACCAGUCUCCCCGUAAUACCUACCAGUGUGCUAUGGGUAAACAGGCCAUGGGAACCAUUGGCUACAACCAGAGGAACAGAAUAGAUACACUACUCUACCUGCUGUGUUAUCCCCAGGCCCCACUCGUCAAGUCCAAGACUAUUGAGCUGAUUCACUUUGACAAGUUGCCUGCGGGACAGAAUGCUACAGUGGCUGUGAUGAGUUACAGCGGCUAUGAUAUAGAGGAUGCUCUCAUCCUCAACAAGGCCUCACUAGACAGAGGAUUUGGAAGGUGCCUAGUAUACAGGAAGCAAGCAUGUACCCUGAAGCGCUAUGCCAACCACAGCUUUGAUAAGGUGAUGGGACCAAUGUUAGAUGCCACAACACAUCGACCUGUUUGGAGGCAUAGUAUUCUCGACAUGGAUGGUAUCUGUUCUCCAGGUGAGAAGGUGGAAAGUAAACAAGUAAUGGUAAACAAAUACAUGCCAACCGUGACUAUGAACCCCCUCCAGACCCCCUCAGGACAGGCUCAGCAACCAGAGUACAGGGAUGUUCCCAUCACAUACAAGGGAGGAGAACCGUCCUACAUAGAAAAGGUCCUCAUCACCUCCAACCCAGAGGAGGCUUUCUUAAUCAAGAUGUUGCUUCGUCAGACGAGGCGACCAGAAAUUGGUGACAAAUUCAGCAGUCGACAUGGACAGAAGGGUGUGUGUGGACUGAUUGUUCCCCAGGAGGACAUGCCUUUUACAGACCUGGGAAUCUGCCCAGAUAUUAUAAUGAACCCCCAUGGGUACCCCUCCAGAAUGACGGUAGGGAAACUAAUGGAAUUACUGGGUAGCAAGGCUGGUGUCUUAGACGGCAAGUUUCACUACGGCACAGCCUUCAGUGGAGACAAAGUAGAGGACUUGUCUGCUGACCUCAUCCGUCAUGGCUUCAACUACCUCGGUAAAGACUAUGUCACCUCUGGUAUCACCGGUGAGCCUCUGUCAGCGUACAUAUACUUUGGCCCAAUCUACUACCAGAAGUUAAAACACAUGGUAAUGGAUAAGAUGCAUGCUCGUGCCAAAGGACCACGCGCAGUCCUCACACGUCAGCCCACAGAGGGUCGUUCACGCGACGGAGGUCUCAGACUCGGGGAAAUGGAGCGUGACUGUCUCAUUGGAUAUGGCGCCAGCAUGUUACUGUUAGAGCGACUGAUGAUCUCCAGUGACGAGUUUAAGGUGGAUGUUUGUGGUGAGUGUGGCCUUCUGGGAUACUCUGGCUGGUGUCAAUUCUGCAAGUCCUCACGUCAUGUGUCAACACUCAAGAUCCCGUACGCAUGUAAACUCCUGUUCCAGGAGCUACAGUCCAUGAACAUAGCGCCCAGACUCUCCCUGAAACGGUACAACCAGGUAUAGCCUGUGUGAGGAUCAUACGGCUCUCCUAAAUGGAAAAAGAUCUCGCCCUCCAAGUUAUCAAAGGUCGCCCAUAUCGAAGGACAACAAACAGGGCAAAACCCCAAAUGGGGAGACGUGGUAUAAGGGAGGUAUAUAAAUUAUUGUGAAAUUGUGCUCUUAUAGGGCAGACAAGAAAUGGGGAGAUGUGUUAUAAGGGAGAUGAAAUUACUAUUGUAAAAAAGUGCUCUUAUAGAGUAGUUUACAUUGAAGUUAACGACUUUUCAUCUUUGGUAUGGAAUCAGUAUGAUGACCAGGUAUACAGAGUGAAAACAGUUCAGUAGGGUGUACCGCCCUGGGUAUCCGGUAUGAUAUCCCCUUGGUAUCCGGUAUGAUAUCCCCUGGGUAUCCGGUAUGAUAUCCCCUGGGUAUCCGGUAUGAUAUCCCCUUGGUAUCCGGUAUGAUAUCCCCUGGGUAUCCGGUAUGAUAUCCCCUGGGUAUCCGGUAUGAUAUCCCCUUGGUAUCCGGUAUGAUAUCCCCUUGGUAUACGGUAUGAUAUCCCCUGGGUAUCCGGUAUGAUAUCCCCUGGGUAUCAGGUAUGAUAUCCCCUGGGUAUCCGGUAUGAUAUCCCCUGGGUAUCCGGUAUGAUAUCCCCUGGGUAUCGGGUAUGAUAUCCCCUGGGUAUCCGGUAUGAUAUCCCCUGGGUAUCCGGUAUGAUAUCCCCUUGGUAUGAGUGAUAACCAUAGAGAGAGAGCUUUGUAAUGUGAUAGAUUGGUGUAUGGUGCACUGUUGAGUGAUAGGAAAAAUGAAACAGAGAGAUGUGAAACUUAUUUUUUUGACAAAUAAAACUGCUGUUGACAAAG